GGUGCUGUCACAGGGGGCUAAAUGCUUGCCUGAGUGCAGAAUUUUUUUGCAUCACUCACUGGAUUUGCCAAAUUUUUUUCAAAAUCCACAAAGAGGACAUCUUUUCUGGAGUCUGCAGGCUGUUCAAGGUUGCCCAAAAACGCUCCUACUCGAUGGAAUUUCACAUCACGGAUAGUGAGCACUGUGGCAAACAAUUAUGAUGGCCUCCUGCAGACAUUUGAGAACAUCAUUGCAGAUCCAACAAUGGAUGAUGAAACACUGGAUUGUGCCAAAGGCUUUGUGAGGAAACUGGAGGAUUUUGAGUUUGUGUUCAUGUUGUACACAUAUGAACAAAUCUUCUCUGAGACUGAUGUGGUCUUUGAUAUUGUCCAGCAGAGGGCGAUGGAUGUUCUUUACUGCAAGAACAGAAUUGAAUCUCUUCUUGCAUUUGUCAAAGAGAAGAGGUCAGAGGGGGCUUUCCAAGCCAUUUAUGCCAAAACAGCAGAUCUCACAUCAGACCCACGAGAUGAGCCCAUGAGAAAGCGCCGUCUGACCCAAUUGCAGGAUCCCCAAGUGCGAUACAGAAAUCUGUACAUGGCCAUCCUUGAUAACAUCUUGGAGCAGAUUCCUCAACGUUUUUCCAAUUUGGAAAGCAUGCUCUUCUUAGAAUUAGUCAAUCCAGGGAAAUUUGAUGACAUGAGACAGGUAUUUCCAGAGGAGGCCUUCCAAAAUGUCCUGAAAAGUUAUGGCCAUCACUUUGAUUCAGGAAGACUGAGGUCAGAACUUCAAGUCCUGUAUUCAGAUCAGGACUUGCAGGGUAACAGGGGAAAGCUGUGUGAUUACUUGGUGUUCCUUAAAGACAUGGAGUUGGACAGUGCAAUGCCUCAGCUUUACAAACUGUUCUCAUUAGUGGCAACAAUUGGAGCUACAUCUGCAGGUGUAGAAAGGAGCUUCUCCUGUUUAAAGCGACUCAAGUCCUACACCCGAAACACAAUGGCCAUUGAGAGGACACUGGUCAAAUCACUUGAAAAGACUCCUAGUUGGUACGACAGGGUCACAGACCAUUUUCUUGAAAAGGAACGUAGGGCAGAAUUUACUUUUAAAUAAAUAGACAAUUUUAUGAUGUAGGCCGAAAAUGAGCUUCCCCUCUCUGACAGACCAGUA